GCUCAUUUUAUGGUAUAGUGUUCGAGCUGUGAGGGCAUAGCCAUAGGAGCGGACGGGAAACUGGAACCUGUGAGUAGGUGCAAACUGAUGAGGGCCCACGAGGGCGGAGAAGAAGAUCUCCACGCCGAUCUUCAUUCGAGGAAUUUUCUUCUACUCAAAAAAAACUUCUAGUUGUUUGAUUACCCCUCGUUUUGAACGAGGUCUACCUUGCUUCCUUUCCAUUCCGGUGUGAAUCUGCGCCGUCUUCUAAAGCCUUUCGUCGAGACUUUGUUUCGUCCUCCCUUUUCUAAGUGACCCUACAAGAAUGUCCUUCCUUACGAGAUUUGCCACGCCAAGCCGGGUGGGAUUGGCGGCCGGAUGCGGUUUCGCUGGGUAAGUAUCGAUAGUAAGGAUUUUGUCAACGUCACGCUCGCGCAUUGAGUAUGCCUUUGCAUUGUCCUUUGCUCCCCAUCCUUGCUAUGUUGAAUUUCGUUAGCAAACGACUUCCAAAUCGCAGGUACACAGCGUCGCAGUCGAGCUACAUCAGAAGAAGACAGACAGUAUUUUGCGAGGACAAGUCCAGCUUCGAUCUUGCGAAAAUUCAGGACAUGAUCGGAAAACCAGAUUGGAUUACGCCAGACACCAUGAAGCCACUGACGGGAGGUAGAAGAAAUUGUGCUGCGCUAGUACAGAUGAAGUUUCACUAUCGCCAUUAUUUUGCUUGAUCGUGUACAGCAGUCUACAAGCGAAAGAGCACUCCAGUAUCUUUUUCCGUUUCUUGUACACGAAACAUAGAAUCACAGGUCUCACCUUCGGUGGCGCAUCAGGACUCGCGGCAGGCUACGCGUGCAAAAAAAUCGGAAAAGCGGUUGCGGUCGGUGUGGGCUCCCUUUACUGUCUAUUCCAGGUCGCCGCGAGCUACGGCUACGUCACAAUUAACUGGAAAAAGGUAGACAAUGCGUGAGCCAUUUUGUGGCGCUUCCUUCGCGUGUUCAUGUAUGAUUAGCGUUACCUCCGAGGAUUCUUGGGUCCACGCAUGUUGCAACUACGCACAAAAUUCUUUCAGGUAGAAAAUGACGUGAUGAAGGCCCUGGACACAAACGGCGACGGAAAGCUCGACGAGAAGGAUGCUGGCGUCUGGCUUCAGAAGGUGUUAGAUGUUCUUGCAAAUGACGAGCUCGAAGGUAUUGAUUAAUCUUUUUUUUGCGUAUGUAUGUAGACACAGCGACUGCAGCAUGAUUGAGCAGCCCAUACCUAUACUUGAAUUCCAAGUGUUCUUGCCGGAAAUUCUCAGUACAAAGACACUAGCGUCUGCUUUUACUACCAUAGGUGCCGCCGCUAAGAAUACCGCUACGGGAGCCUUUGCGGGCACUUUUUUGCUCGGUCUGCGCCGAGGAUAAGUUGUUUCACUAAUUACCAGAGCUGUCACACGCGUGACCAAAUCUAAAGAUUUUACAUACUACAUCUAGCGACGUUGGAGCUGCUAUAAACGAGGAAAUUUGAAACAAGUUGUGAUAGACCAAUUUCAACAAAACGAACUAGACCACACUGUAUCAACAAUUUAGAGUCGUAAGAACAAUCGCUGCAUUUUUCGUAGAGCCGUCGUGGAUGCACCAAUCUGAUAUGUAGGUAAGGCCGCGAAACAAGCAGCGAGUGGCUCAUUUGGUGUCAUGUUUCUUUACGGAUUCCGGUUGGGAUAGUGACAGCCUCAAAGAACUUGCGCAAAACUUGCGGCCUCCCUUUCCAUCGUACAGAUAGCUCCCCCAUCCCCAACAAAAAAACCCGGAAAAUUUGUGAAAGAAACACGACAACAAAAUGCACAAAACAAAGUUCCGCGACCGGAAAAAUCAAUGGAAGC